AGGAAUCGCAAAAAUGGCAUUCCUUCAUCUCUCUCCCCCCUCUUCUUCUUCUUCUUUUCUCCUCAACAGUUCCAUUGAUUCAAUCUAUCCGAAACGCCUUUUCCAUUUGUCAUCAAACCAACACAACCGCGAUGCUUCACUUCAAUUACCGAGCUACAGCUCCAAUCAAGGAUCUCGCAUACCCGCUCAAUGGAGAAUUGGGGUUUCCUUUUUCGUCCCUUUCUUGGACAGAAGCAGCGAAAUCGAGAGCCUGAAACAGCAGCUUCUCGAUGCUAUUGCUCCGCUCGACCGAGGCGCCGACGCUACUCCGGAGGACCAGCAGCUUGUCGAUCAGAUUGCAAGCAAACUUGAAGCGAAGAACAAAGUGAAGGAACCGCUCAAGUCGAAUCUUCUGAAUGGGAAAUGGGAGCUCUUGUACACAACAUCCAUGUCUGUUAUUCAGAGUGAGAGACCCAAGAUCCUCAGACCAAAUGGAAAAAUUUACCAAGCAAUCAACUUGGAUACCUUGAGGGCUCAAAAUAUCGAAACUUGGCCAUUUUUCAAUCAGGCUACAGCUAAUUUGGUUCCACUAAAUCAAAGAAGAGUUGCUGUUAAGUUCGAUAGUUUUAAGAUUGCUGGUGUGAUACCUAUUAAGGCACGUGGAAGUGGGCGUGGUCAGCUUGAAAUCACGUACUUGGAUGAAGAGCUGCGAAUAUCGCGGGGAAAUCAAGGGAAUCUGUUUAUAGUUGGAAUGGUGGAUCCCUUUUACAGAGUACCCGUGUAGGGGCUCCAAACACGGUUCAACAGAGAUGAAUUUACUGUGAAAGUAUGAGGGGCGAUCAAGGGGAGGUAAGAGGUUAGUGUUGGUUGUGUUUCAAAACUUUACUGUAUAAGUAUGUGUAUAAGUGAAUAUAUAUGUAGUUCUAGUAUUUUAGUGAGGCAAUUUUUCUCUCGAAAUCACAAUUCUCGUCUAAUGGUACCGUUGAUGAAAUUUGAGUUGUUGGUGAAUGAGUAGUUAACCUUCUUCAAAUGAAGGCCACAUCUUUCGAUGUUGUUUU